AUGGAUCUGUACACUCUUCCCAAUGCCACUGAGCCUCCUCAGCCCACGGCUUCGCCUAUCUCAAUCCCGUCGAUCCUCUCCGCUACUACACUCACGGUCUUUCUGAUCAGCCUCGUCUACUGGUGUGUGCAAGACUUUCGUCUUUACAUAUCUUUGGGGCCUGGUGGUCCUCCAUACAACAUCUGGGGCUGGUUACUCACCUCUUUCAUCGUCAGACCGUUCACUCUCGCUGCUGAUGAAACAACAUGGACUGGGGAUUACCCGGAUACUGGGUGUCACAAGGAGAUCGAGGCUCUGCCAGAGCGUGCUAGGGGACGACCGGUGGUCCUGGGGAUUGCUCCUCAAAGACAACUAACUCAACUUGCUGAACCAGACAUGAACAAGCGUGUGUUAUCUCUCCUGUCAUCUGCGGUGCAGAACAACCCCAAGUUGUUGCAACAAAGACUUUCCGAGUUUGAGAAACAUCAUAUUGCGCUGUUUGUCCAUCCGAGUCUUUUCUCCAAGCCUGCAAAUCUUCCGGAAACGGCCAUCAGAUCGAGAGGAGAAUUGGGGCAUAUUCACGACGAAACCUCCCUUCACCUGUACUUUUCACCUGCCGACGCCAAGGUCAUCAUCGAGAAAGGUUGGGCGGAACGACACCGAUGUGCACGCACUCAGCCAUGGUGGUUUGGUUGCAAGAAAUUCAUGUUCAAGAUCGGUGACACUUUUCUGCUGCUUUACGCCCCUCGAGAUGAGGCCGAGUUUGGCGUUCUGAAGACUCUGAUCAGAGCAAGUGCCAGGUUUAUGACUGGACAGGAGGAUAUUGCGGAACCGUGA